AUGGCUACACCGCUUAGUGAGAAGUCUUCCAAUAGCUCCCUCAGGGCUAAAGCAGGUGAAAGGACUCGUCUCAGAGAAACAUCAUUGGAGUCGGAGAUCAUCCACACUGAAAAGUUGCCUCCAAAUUUCGGAGAGGUUGUCAAAGAAGUCUAUAGAAGCUCUUUUCCGCACCCUUGGCAUUUCCAAGCACUAAAGAAGCUGGGCCUCAGGAUGAUUGUUACGUUAGUUGAAGGGGAUUACACUCAGGACCACCAGGUCUUUCUCAAAGAGAAUGGUAUAGAGCAUCGUCGCAUUCUUAUCCUGGCAAACAAAGAUCCCACGAUUCGAACUCCGGACCAUGUCGUGAAUCGAGUCCUGGAAAUUAUGCUCAACAAGGCCAAUCACCCAUCUCUUCUACACUGCAACAAGGGAAAGCAUCGGACUGGAUGCAUUGUCGGCUGCUUUCGGAAGGUUCAGGGCUGGGACAUGCCAGCUAUUCGCAAAGAAUACAUCAAUUUUUCGUGGCCGAAAUCAAGGCCCCUCGACGAACGAUUCAUUGAACUUUUCGAUGACACAAGACUCAGAGCCCUCGCUGUUUCUUCUGGUGCAAGCUCAUGGCCUGCUGGUGUAAUGCUCAAUCCGCUUCGCGAAGAAGUAGUCGAGGACGAGAACGCCCCGAGAGGCAGUAGGCAUUCUUCUGCCAGUGUAUUUCACAAGUCCGACGCUAUGUGA